AUGGCUACUCCAUCCCCCAUCUUUUCAUCCCCAAAACCCACUGCCAGUCCACGAUCUGCUCAGGAGAAUCCCCGGUAUACCAUUUUUCAACCGACACGAACCGGAGGAUCCGAGAUCGACCGAGACAAUAUGCCUUCCCCACAAAAUUUCGAUGAGCAGAUCUACGAAGUAAUGCAAAGAGGCAGAGGCAUUACCUUCCAACUCCAGACUGGUGGCGUGAAAUAUAAGGCAGUGCUUCAACAUAGGGAAGCUCGUGCAUCUGUUGCAGGUUCAACGUCCAAGCCUAGCGCCGACAGUUCAACGGCGUCUUCAGUAAAGAGCCCCCAGAGCUGA